AUGAAAAGUGCAAAACAGAGUGGCGGAGCGCCGGAGUCGGGGGCCGCGGGGGCCGCGGCGCUGGGCCGCGCGGCGCGCGGGCCGCGGAGGGCGGCGGCGCCCCGGGAUGCCCCGCGCCGCGGGUCACGGGCGCGCCCCGCGCAGCUGUUGCUGCUGCUGCUCGUGCCGCUGCUGGGGGCGCCGCGCGGCGUGGGCGCGGGGACCGGCGCGCCGGCCGAGCUGCGGGUCCGCGUGCGGCUGCCCGACGGCCAGGUGACCGAGGAGAGCCUGCAGGCGGACAGCGACAACGACAGCAUCAGCCUCGAGCUGCGCAAGCCCGACGGCACCCUGGUCUCCUUCACCGCCGACUUCAAGAAGGAUGUGAAGAUCUUCCGGGCCCUGAUCCUGGGGGAGCUGGAAAAGGGACAGAGUCAGUUCCAGGCCCUCUGCUUUGUCACCCGUCUGCACCACAAUGAGAUCAUCCCCAGUGAGGCCAUGGCCAAGCUUCGGCAGAAAAACCCACGCGCGGUACGGCAGGCCGAGGAGGUUCGGGGCCUGGAGCAGCUGCACAUGGACAUCGCCGUCAACUUCAGCCAGGGGGGCCUGCUGAGCCCCCAUCUCCACAAUGUGUGUGCGGAGGCUGUGGAUGCCACCUACACCCGCCAGGAGGACGUCCAGUUCUGGCUGGAGCAAGGUGUGGACAGCUCCGUGUUUGAGGCUCUGCCCAAGGCCUCGGAGCGGGCGGAGCUGCCUCGCUGCGGGCAGGUCGUGGACCGCGGGAAGCCCUGUGUCUGCCGCUACGGCCUGAGCCUGGCCUGGUACCCCUGCAUGCUCAAGUACUGCCACAGCCGCGACCGGCCUGCGCCCUACAAGUGCGGCAUCCGCAGCUGCCAGAAGAGCUACAGCUUCGACUUCUACGUGCCCCAGAGGCAGCUGUGUCUCUGGGACGAGGACCCCUAGCUGGGCUGGGGGGAGGGGUGGGCCUGGAGGUGGCUAUUCUGGGCCCACUGCCCCUCCCCCAGCCACUAGAGGGUGGUGACCCCUCCUGAGGCCUUACUUCCUCCUCCCACUGCCCUGGCCCGAGCCCUUGGGGGGCCCCUCUGGCCCCAUCUCCCUCGACUGUGAAAUGGGUGUGGCCUGGCAGGGGGUCACUCAUGAAGGCAGCCCCCACUGCCGCCCUGUGCCUGCCUUGGGGGCAGAGAGGGAGAAAGGGGCUCUCCAAACUGGCAUCCCUCCCCUCCUUCAUCUCCCCCAAGUGUUCACUUUCAAGCAGCCGCAAUGUGGGGGACCGUGAUUCUUCCUCGGAACUCUUCCAGGUUUAGACCCUAAAAGGAGUCUGUGCCUGUACGCCCACCUCCCCACACACAGCCCCCCUGCGCCUUCCUUGUCCCCAGCAACGAGGGGAUCUUUACCCCCCCAGGAGGGAGCUGUUGGGGACACAGCCCCCGCACCACAUCAUGGCACAUUCUUCUCAUUUCUCCCUGCCCAGGCCGCCUGUGGGGUGCGGCCCUCCCACCACCGUGCCUUGCCCCAGACCUGGACUCCGCCUCUAGAGCAGGCACCAGCUCUCCCCCUCUAAACAGAAAUAUUUUUGUAAGCUUCUAGGGUGGGGAGGGAGCAUGAAGUAUGAGGAAAACUUGAAUCCCAGAUUUUUAAUGCAAAGUAUUUAUCAUUUGUACCAGAAAUAAAAGUUUAAGUUUUUACUCGACUGACAACGCUAGACCCGGAGUUCGGAGAGAACUUUUAGCCAAUGCUGCCACCUGGUGUCAGAAAUGUCCCCAUGCCCUAUCUUGGCACAACAACUUCUAAAGCACCUACUGUGCGCUCAGCCGUUUGAGGGAGGGCAAGGAGAGGGGAGGCCCCGGGGAGGAGUGUCACUGGGGAAGGAUAAAGUAAAAUGUCAGCAUAAUAAGCCAGCUCGGAGGCAAGAGAUGAGAUUGCAACUCUGGAAUGAGACUUCCAGCGUCAGAUCCAGACCCUGCUGCUUACUCGCUGUGCAAUCCACGGCCAAGUUACUUUACCUCUCUGUGCCUCAGCUCUCCCAUCUAUAAAAUGAGCUCCGUUAUGAGACUUAA